CUCGAGACCUAGAAAGAGGGCGACCCGACUUUCAUCUCAUCUAUACCUCCGAUUUUUGCGAUUUGCCAGAGAUAAGUUUCCCUCCUUUAUGGUUCAUCUGCGGUGUCGAAAUGUGCACUCCAAAGUGACGGAGUGCGUAUCUCAACGCCUUUUCUCUCAAUGGCGGACGUUGCUCCUGGAAACGCCUUGCGAGGGCCAUCGACGAAAAUGUAGGGGCAAGCUUUCAUACGCAGCCAAACGAGCGUUAUCAACCGAUUCCAAACAAGACACUGCAUACAUGCACAGUUUUCUAAAAGACAUUGACGAGUGUGUGGGCAGAAACCGAACCGAGCCAGCAACGUUAAUAAAACUGGACAAGGAAAAGAAAAUCGCUCAAAAACGAAUUCCUCCGCAUGUCACUUCGGAAGUCGCCAAACACAUUCGAUCCCCCCUUGCGCUGUCCAUCCAUUCCCUAGCCGAAGCGGGAGAAAGUGCCAAAGCUUGGGAAGCAUUUCAAGCAUUUCACUCAUCCCAUGCGAACCACAUUAUACCGUUCGUCACUGCGCAAAAACUACUGCACAUGCUUGAACAAGACGUCAGCUCCCUUUCCUCAUCGCUCACAUCGGAACAAGUCGAUUUGCGGCAACUGUACCAUAGACGGCUGGAAUCGCUUUUGAAUCAUCUCCAGCGCUCAGAUACAACGUGGAGCCCUGAAGAUUUUUCGACCAUUUUACAGAUUUUCGGCAAAUUGGGACAUAUUGAGCGGAUAGAAGCCGUGGUUCGUAAUCGAAACGUCUAUUGCAAAGACCCGAUCACGACGGAUAACUACAACAUGGUGAUGCUCGCCUAUUUGAACGCAUUCAACAACCUCGGAGACCAGGCACGCCGUCGAUAUGUAUCAAAAAUGAUAAGUCUUUUGCGGCAGAUGGAGCAACGAGGCGUAUCACCGGACACAACAACGUUCAAUGCAUUGAUUGCAGCCAAAUUGAAGACGGGCGAUUUUGCAGGCGCGGAGGAAGUACUGGCCAAACUCAAGGCCACGGCCAAUUUGAAACCGAAUCGGACCACGUAUCACAGUCUCUUGAAUGCUUAUCUGAGGAGUUGUCGCCACGAAGACGUGAUCAAGGCGAAUGUAUGGAUGGACGAAAUGAUUGAUGCUGGCAUGAUCCCGUCCGUUUAUACUUUCAACAACAUCAUUAGCGGCAUCACGCGACAAGUGGAAUACUACCGACGCAUACGAUCCAACAGUGACAUGCAAAGUGCCGUCAAGUCCGUCAAAGCAUUGUACGAUUUAGCCGUUCAACUGGGCGUCAAACCGGAUAUCAUCACCGCCAAUUGUUUGUUAACGGCCUAUUCCGCGGCCAACGACAAGGACGCCCUGAAAAAGGUGGUCGACCUUUUGGACAUCCGUCCUCGAAAGACGGGUUGCGGGAACUGCGGCUGCGGUUCCGGUUGCCAGCCCAAGACGAUACAACCGGACCCCAUCGAGAAACCGCCCAUCAAGUUCACGCCCAAUACUCACACCUACAACAUACUUAUUAGACAUUAUCUACGACAACAUAAUUUAGACGAAGCCUUUGUAACAUACGAUUCCAUGGCCACCAGCGGAUUAUUACCCAAUGCAGAAACCUACGCCAAUUUCAUCAAUUACUACGUGCGACAAGCGAAUAUCCCCGAAGCCCUCAAAUACUACGAUGUGAUGCGAAAGAAGGGAAUAUGCAGCAAUCAGCACAUCUUCAAUGUAUUAAUGGUCAGCCUGUUCAAGGAUCCAGCUCAUGCCGAUGCUGUAGAAGCCCGCUUAAGGACCAUGAUGAUGGAUGAUAUUGAUCAGGAUGUGGUGUCAUACAACACUCGGAUGACAGCUUUGUCAGUCAAGGACGACGUUGACGACACGAUUCGAGAAGUGGCCGAUUUGUUCGAGCAAAUGAACGCACAAGGCUUGAAACCCGCGGCACAAACGUACAAUAUUGCAAUGAACGUGCUUGGCAAUUUGUACAAGAGAAAAGAUCGACAACGUCACGACGCCAUUGAAACCGUUCUUAAAUCCAUCCUCGAUAGCAUCGACAUCAAAGCGGAUUUACUCACGUAUGCAUUGACGAUCCGCAAUUAUGUUUACCGACAGGAUAUGAACGGCGCGGAACGCACUUUCAAGAAGCUGGUAAAAUCCGGGCUCAAGCCCAACGAAUUCGUUUUUACACAUCUUGUGGUGGGUUAUUCUCAAGCGGGUGAAAUGGAGAAAGCACAGAGGGUCAUCCACCACAUGGUCCACGCUCCGUAUCAUAUCCGACCAACUGCCUUUAUCUAUGCGCCCUUGAUCCAAGGUUACGUGGAUGCCGCCGAAUAUGAAAAAGCGUACGACACGUUUCGUUCCAUGAUCGACCAGGGCAUCACUGCCGACUUGCCUACCUACACCAUUCUCGCUAAAAUGUUUUUGAAAUCGGCGGGAUCCAGCAACGGAGUUCGAGCAAUAGAAUUGCUAAAGGAUUUGCGCAAGAUGAGCAACGACGGCAAAUCGAAUCUUCGAUUGGAUCUCCAGGUCUUGACGGUGAUGAUCGAAGCCCAUGGUAUUGCUGGUGCGCGAAGUUUGGACGUACAAGAAAAUGGUCGGCAAAAACUGAGCUUGAGUCAGGUGUUGGAACAGCGCGAUUACCACAUCAAGAAGGUGCAGGAUAUAUGUGAUGAGAUUCAACAACAAGGUUUUGACCUGGACGAUAAAGCGAUUACCACCAUUCUCACUUCUUACCGGAGGUUGGAGAAACCCGAGUUGGCGUGGAAAUUCUGGAAUAGCUUGUCGAGCAAGCGCAUGCUGGCUCCCAGUUACCGACAUUACGAUGCAUUGCUUUCCUGCUUUUCUCAUAACAAGCUGUGGUAUCCUGUAUGCAAGAAUGUCUUUGAAUCCAUGAUGAACGAGCGCAUCUUUGAAGGGUCUACGUUUACAUCGGAUCCACAUCAAGUUCAGGUGGAGCCGGAUGCGGUGACGUUUGAUGUCAUGAUAGAGGCCGCCGUAUCUGCUUCCGAUAUGGCCGGGGCUCGAACGGUUUGGCGUUUACCAUCGCGCCCGCGUUUGGCGGCCUCCGAUUCCCCGGAUACGGCACCGAAAUUACCGCUGAUACGGACGUAUUGCCUGGCCUUGGAAGCUUUAAUCAAGAGCCGAGAUGCUACGGCCGCGCAAGAAACUUAUCGCGAAGUUCUUUCUAUACCUGAGCAAACGAUUUCCGAGAAAUCGUGGAGACAUAAAAUCCAAGAAAUGGCCAAACAUCAUGGCCUGACCGAAGCAUGAAAUAUGCAAUUGAGCUACUGUAUACAUCCUAAUUCCAAAAAUGACACAUACCAUUCCGCAUUUUUUCCCUUUUUUUGGCCUUUUACCGGAUCACCAUUGCAAAAAUAAAAUCCAUUCUUUUUAUUUAUC